CGGCGGAGGGAGCGGGAGGGUCGCUCGGGGCCGGCGGCAGCGGCUCCGGGUUCGGCUGCGCUCCGAACCGGGCCGGGCCGGGUCGGGCCGGUCGGGACCGCCCCGCCAUGGGGACGCCGGGCGCCGGACGCAAGCGGCUGCCGAACCGGGAGCGCCUGACGGCGGAGGACGAUGCGCUCAACCAGAUCGCCCGCGAGGCUGAAGCCAGACUCGCGGCAAAGAGAGCGGCGCGGGCGGAGGCGCGGGAGAUCCGGAUGAAAGAGCUGGAGAGGCAGCAGAAGGAGAUCUAUCAGGUGCAGAAGAAAUAUUAUGGGCUGGAUACUAAGUGGGGAGACAUCGAGCAAUGGAUGGAAGACAGUGAGCGUUAUUCCCGUAGAGCCCGAAGAAAUGCCUCGGCUUCGGAUGAAGAUGAGCGCAUGUCAGUGGGUAGCCGUGGAAGCCUGAGGUCUCAUUUGGAUUAUGCCAGCACCUACCCAGUGGCUGGAUUAGAGAGUGAGAGGACCAAAAAGAAGAACUACUCCAAAGCAACCAAUGGUUAUGAGGAAGACGUGUAUGGAUCAUCCCAGAGUAGAAAAUCUAGCAGGGCUUCCUACUACUCUGACCUGGGUCUCCCCAACAGCAGCUAUGCUUCCACAUCUCAACUUUCUUCCCAAAAUGGAAAUUGGGCGUCGGUGUACGACGAGAGCGUUUACAGCGGGAGCCGGCGCUAUAGUGCCCCCAGUUCCCGUGCUCCUUCUGAGUACAGCUGCUACCUUGGGUCAGGAUCUCGAGCAUCCUCCAGAGCCAGCUCUGCUCGGGCCAGUCCAGUGAUUGAGGAAAGGCCAGAAAAAGACUUUGAGAAGGGAGCACGAACUGUCUCAAGUUUAUCAGCAGCUACCUUGGCCUCUCUGGGAGGCACUUCUUCACGGAGAGGCAGUGGGGACACCUCCAUCUCAGCUGACACAGAGGCUUCCAUCAGGGAAAUCAAGGACAUCUAUGAGUUAAAGGACCAGAUUCAGGAUGUAGAAGGCAAAUACAUGCAGGGGCUGAAAGAGCUGAAGGACUCUCUGGCUGAAGUUGAGGAGAAAUACAAGAAGGCUAUGGUGUCAAAUGCUCAGCUGGACAAUGAGAAAACCAAUUUCAUGUACCAGGUGGACACCCUGAAGGAUGCACUCUUAGAGUUAGAGGAACAGCUGGCAGAAUCCAGGAGGCAAUAUGAAGAGAAAAGUAAAGAAUUUGAGAGGGAGAAGCAUGCUCAUAGCAUAUUGCAGUUUCAGUUCAUGGAAAUCAAAGAGGCUUUGAAGCAGAGAGAAGAAAUGCUUGCAGAAAUCCAACAGCUGCAACAGAAACAGCAGAGCUAUGUCAGGGAAAUUUCAGACCUUCAGGAGACAAUAGAGUGGAAAGACAAAAAAAUAGGGGCACUAGAGAGGCAGAAAGAUUUCUUUGAUUCCAUAAGGAGUGAGCGGGAUGACCUUAGAGACGAAGUGCUUGUGCUGAAGGAGCAACUGAAGAAACAUGGAAUAAUCCCAGACUCUGAUGUAGCCACCAACGGGGACACAUCAGACAUUAUGGAUAACGAAGGACACUUGGAUUCUUCCCGAACUGCCCCAGGCACCACUCAGGCAUUAAAGACAGGAGGGGAGGGGAUGCUAGGCAAAGCCAAGGAAGUGGAGAUGAAAAAUGAGAUUUUGGAGGAUGUGGGGAAAAGAGAAAUCUUGCAGAAUACUGAGCAUGAGGAACACAAAGAGGAGUCUGAGGAGGAAGUACAGACAUUGCAUGCUGCUGAAAAUGCAAAGGCAGAACAAAUGGUUGAAGAACGGGACGCCCUGCCAGCAGUGAUGUUACCAGAGAGUAGGUUUGCAGAGCAAGCCCAAAGCCUCCCAGAGCCUGUGUCAGGGAGCACUUCUUCAAACAGUGACAGUGACACAGAUGGCUUGAGAAAGGUCACAGAGCCCAGGGGCACAGCAGCCCAGCAGCCUGAGAGUACAGAGGCUGAACACCAUGACUUGAGUGCAAGGACAAAUGAGAACCUGGAGCUGGGCUCUCUGCAAGGCCACCCAAUUUUUGAGACUCCUCAGGAAAUGUUUUGUGACUCGGGUACAGAGCAGGAACUGGGAGAAGCUGCACCCAGCCAGGAAGAACAAGAGGAUCUUGAAACCAGCCAUGCCCUGAGUGAUGAUGGAAUGGAUGAAGGGUCUGACAGUACAAGUGAGGGCAGUGAGUUGGUUUCUAACCAGGCAGGGCUACCUGAGGGAGCAGUGGCAGGCUUGCUUAGGGAAGAGGGAAAUGUGGAGAGUUCCACUCCAGAGGAGCCUCAGCACUCAGAAGAAGGUGCUAAAAACAAGGUUGCAAAUGUCUUGGAGGAAAAGUUUGUUGACUGCACUGAUGGGAGAAGUGAUCAAACAGCAGGUGACAGAGCUGAAGAAAAAGAUGAGGUUGGGAACACAGUUCAGGGUCAGCUGAGGGAAGAUGAGUCUGUGGGUUUGGAGGGGACAGAGCCAUGUGAAAGGGAUGUCCCAGCAGAGCCACUUGAAAAGGAAGGUGGAGAACAUCAGGCAUUGAUCCAACCAGCUUCUUCAGAGGACAGUCCUUCAGCAUCCCCAGAGGAACCAGGUACACAAGGUAAAACUGAAGAUGAAACUGCUACAGCUGAGAAGGAUGGACAGAAGGAAGAGCUGAUGGAAGAGCUGGGGAAGUGUUCAGGUUCUGCUGAAACAGACAAGCAAGGUGUGGUGUCUGUGGAGGCAGGAGGCUCCAUUCCUCAGGGAAAGGGAGGUGAGCUGCAGCAGGCACAGCCAGGAACAGAGGUUCUGAGAGAGGUGAUCGCCCAGGAAACCCAUUCAGACCCGAGUCUUUUAGAUGAUGAAAUUGAGGAGUCAGAAUUGGAAACAGGGGGCGAGGCUGGGGAAGCACAGGAAAGUAGGACAGAAUGGGUAGAAGAUCUGAAUCCAAAGGCAGAGGUUCAAACAAGUCAGGGUAGUGAAGAAACAGCAGAAGGUACAGAGGGAGAGAAAGAUGUUCCUUUAGAGGGUGAAGAGCAGGGGGUGGUUAAACAAGUAGAAGGUGAAUCUAAAGAGGAGUCAGGUGUAGGUGUUAAUGUAACUACUGAAAACAAAGCCAGUAAAGAAACACUGAAAGAAAAUGAGCAAGAGGUAGAGCUUGCAGACCACCCUGGUGGGGAAUCUGCUUCUGAGGAAGGUGCAAAUAAUGCCCUGGAACAGGAGCCUGUGCAGGAUGAAAACAUUAGUGAGCAAGUUAAACUGGAGGAAGGUGUAAACACUUCCCUGCCACAGAAACUUGUGCAGGAUGAAGAGAACAGUGAACAAGUUAAACUGGAGGAAGAUGCAAAUAAUUCCCUGGCACAGAAACUUAUGCAGGAUGAAAACAUUGGUGAACAAGUUAAAUUGGAGGAAGGUGCAAAUAGUUCCCUGGCACAGAAGCCUGUGCAGGAUAACAUUAGUGAACAAGUGAAAAUGGAGGAAGAUGCAAAUAAUUCCCUGGAACAGAAAGCUGUGCAGGAUGAAAACAUUGGUGAGCAAGUUAAAUUGGAGGAAGGUGUAAACACCUCCCUGCCACAGAAACUUGUGCAGGAUGAAGAGAUUAGUGAACAAGUUAAACUGGAGGAAGGUGCAAAUAAUUUCCUGGAACAGAAGCCUGUGCAGGAUGAAAACAUGAGUGAACAAGUGAAAUUGGAGGAAGAUGUAAGUAAUUCCCUGCUACAGAAACCUGUGCAGGAUGAAAACAUUGGUGAGCAAGUUAAAUUGGAGGAAGGUGUAAAUAAUUCCCUGGCACAGAAAGCUGUGCAGGAUAAAGAGAAUAGUGAACAAGUUAAACUGGAGGAAGGUGCAAAUGAUUCCCUUGCACAGAAGCCUGUGCAGGAUGAAAACAUUAGUGAACAAGUGAAAUUGGAGGACCAAGCAGAGGAAAGCCUGGAAGAUGAUGGUGAUGCAUUUGAUUUUGAUGAAGAGUCAAAUCAAAUACUAGAAUCCGAUGAAAAAUAUGAUGGAGAGAAAGCUGAUGCACAGGGAGAAGAGGGUGAUGGAGCAAAUGGUGCUGUUGGAAAAACUGCCCACACAGACAAAGCUGGAGAGGGAACAGACAAAAUGGAAACCAAAGAUGCCUUGGCCAAAGGUGAAGUCCUGCAGCAUAAGAAAGAUGAGCCUGAAGAAACAGGGUGCUCGCAAGGGGAAGCGCUGGGGAAAGCUGAUGAGGAGGCUGAUGUGGAGGAAGAUGAAAUCAAAGUGUCAGAUUCUAGCAAAGUGGGAAAAUUCCAGGAUCGAGAUGUUUUGGAACAGGAUUUGGAAAGUGCUUUCAUUAAGAGGGCUGAAAGCAGGGAGGAUUUGCAGGUUGGUAAAAGGAGUAAGGGCAGAUCCAGAGAUGACUGUACAAUCUCCUGAGUUCAGAAUCUCUAACCUGCACGAGUUCCAUGCCCUGUGAGCAGUCCCAGGACACAAACAUGCACUUUGCACAAGACAUCAGACCUUGGAAUACUCUUAGAGCUUUGUCUUUGUAGGUAACUCAGCAUAAAGCACGGAUGUGGUAACGAUGCAAGUUUUAAGUUAUUCACUCUUGUACCCAGCCACAAGAAAUUGUGAGUGGGUUUGGUUUUGCUGUGUCUCAGGUUGAAAGCUUAUCACCUGAUGAUGAAGCUUCACAACUUGACUAUUGAAACUAUUAUGCAAUUAAAGUACCUCUAGUGUGGAUAGCUGCUCCUGGGGAAUUUCUAUAGGAAUUUUUUUUUAUUCUAGCCUAGUUGAUCAAUAUCGUGAAUGUACAUUGGGCCUUUGUGAACUUAUGCACAUUAUGGUUACUUGUACUUAGAUCUACAGCAAGUACAUGAACUCUUCAUGAAGGAACUCAGCAGAUCAGCCAUCACUGAUGGUGAAACUUCUUUCAGAAUGCUUAAAGCCUAUGAACCAAUCUCUUAUUUUUUUUUAAUAUGAAGAAAAAAGAUCUUUUCAUUCCACUUUGUGUGUAUUUCUUAUAUGGUCACAUUCCAAAAUAUAGUUAGACCACUGUGAAUCUGCUUAGUCUGAGCACUUCGGAAGAGCAAUACACAGUUUGGAGAAAGUGCAAGAUGCAGGUCUUAGUUUGCUGAAAGGAAUAAAUAUCUACAUGUUUACUUCAUUUAGGCACUUUGCACCACAAUAGGCCUUUUACACCAUGUCUCACAUGGGGUUUUUAUUUUUUUCCAGAGAAAGUGUCAAUACACACUGUAAUGUGUGCUUAGGUUUGCUAUCAAGUACUGUCUAGAUAUGAAUAUAUAAAAUAUCUAUUUUUCCAAGAAGAUUUUUGUUUAAAAUUGCAUUUGCUUACUGCAUUUUUUUUUUUUUGCAAACUCUGAUUCUGAAAGAAUGUUUUUAUCUCUGAAACAAAUCUUAUCUCUUUCCUUCUGGAAAGAAGAUAACUUUGCAUGUCUUAACUCUUGCUGGAUAUCAGACCAAAGAUGACUGUUGUUUUGUGUACUAGCCCCCCUGUGCCUUUUGGAAAAGCUGGAUUGCUUUGAAUUGCUGGCAUAAAUUUGGCUCUUGGACUCCCUUGCUGUAUUUCCUCUUGCAGCUCUGCUAGUGCUUGGGAGGAAGAGCAUGUUUUGCAUAUAUAAAUAUUCAUUUGAAGUGUUGAGCAAUGAAUGUCCCAAGAGAAUGCAGAUCGAGGGGGGUGUGGGCUGUGGAAGGCUGUAUUUGUGUUGAUGUUACAAAGUUGUCAGAGCACAGACAGACUGCAAAAUUUGAAGAUGUGUAUCCAAAUGUACUGCUGUAUAUAAUUUAAAUAAACAUAUUUUAUACUUUAAAGUA